GGGGCUGGCUGCUCAUGGUUUUUCAGCACCGCGGACAGCUCCCGUCUCCUGUCUCUGGACUGCAGGGAAGCGACGCUGAAACACAGCUGGAUGAUAGCAGAGCAUUAAUCCAUAGAUUAACCUCCAACUCACACCGACAUCGCGCAGUAUCUUCUCCAUCCCCCCCCCCUGUUCUUCACCUCGAUGGUCGAGUUGCCUUGCUCUCCGGCCUGACUGUGGAGUCCGACCGCGUUUAACUGCAUUGCCUCUGCGUCUUCAGCCUGUUUCCCCCUCCUUCUCUUCCUGUUACUGGCAACCACAGCGCUGUGAAAGUGCUUUUUUGGGGGGGAGGGGGGAGUGGAUCGACCCGCUCGAAGUUCUUUUGAUCUGUCCACUUCUGUCUGGUGCGCGCAAACAUCGCUGCUCGGCUCCCCUGAUUAUGUUAUGGUGUUGGAUUUCUCUCCAAGCCCGGGAGUGGAGGUUACUUUAGGAUGCAGAAGUUGAGUAGUUUCACUUCCGUCGGUGCAUGCUCUGAUAUGAGAUAGGCGACCUGCAUCUGCAACAUUGGCUGUAAUCCUCACAUCAGAGUGGCUGAGACGCAUUCCUCUUUUUUUCUGCUUGUGGACAACAGCCAAAGAACAAGAUGAGGUGCCUCUAUGACUUUUUAAAUUGCACAUAAGAGAGAGAAACAGAGAGUGGGUCUUUCAUCCUGCUACUGCUGCAGGAAGCGACGUUUCCUUUCUCCAGCUGCCCAAACGAGUUGGGAUCCUGCAUCUUGAUAGGAGACCAGGAACUCUGGUCUCUGGGUCUUCUGUCUCUUUAUAUUUAACACACAAAAGCACGAUUGAAAAAUGAAGAAGUUUCGGAAGGUGUUGGACGGCUUGACCACCUCCUCUCCGGGAGGGACUAUCGGAUCCCCAUCGUGCGGCAGCGCGGCCGGGACUCCCACAUCGGCGCCAACUCCCAAGGAAAUCGACAUCCAAGAGACGCUUGUGUCGGAAAACUUUCAACUGUGCAAGACGGUGCGCCAUGGUUUCCCUUACCAACCCACUGCUUUGGCCUUUGACCCUGUGCAGAAGAUUCUGGCAGUUGGCUCCAGGACAGGCGGCGUACGGAUACUGGGACGACCUGGGGUAGACUGCUUCUGUCAGCAUGAGAGUGGAUCAGCUGUUCUUCAACUGCAGUUCCUCAUCAAUGAGGGGGCGCUGGUCACAGCCUGUGCAGAUGACACGCUUCACUUGUGGAAUCUUCGUCAGAGACGACCGGCUGUCCUCCAUUCACUCAAAUUCAACAGAGAGAGGAUCACGUUUUGCCACCUUCCCUUUCAGAGUAAAUGGCUGUAUGUGGGGACAGAGCGUGGAAACACACACAUUGUCAACAUCGAGUCCUUCAUUUUGUCUGGAUACGUCAUCAUGUGGAACAAGGCCAUAGAACUAUCAACUAAAACCCAUCCGGGACCUGUGGUUCAUUUGAGUGACUGCCCAAAGGAUGAAGGCAAGUUGCUUAUAGGGUUCGAGAGUGGGACAAUCGUACAGUGGGACCUCCGGGGCAAGAAGGCCGACUUCAGAAUCUACUACGAUGAGGCCAUCCAUUCAGUCAGCUGGCAUCAUGAGGGGAAGCAGUUCAUGUGCAGUCACUCAGAUGGCAGCCUGUCGAUGUGGAACCUCAGAAACACCACCAGGCCAUUCCAAGUCACCUUCCCUCAUGGAAAGAUACAAAAGGAUGGGAGAAAGGAGUCCUGUAAACCCAUACUCAAAGUGGAAUACAAGACCUCGAGGAGCAGCGAGCCUUUUGUUAUCUUCUCUGGAGGUCUUUCAUAUGACAAGGCAGGGCGGCGGCCAACGUUAACAAUCAUGCAUGGCAAGGCCAUCACUGUGCUGGAGAUGGACUAUCCUAUUGUUGAGUUCAUGGCGCUCUGCGAGACUCCUUACAACAACGAGGUCCAGGAGCCUUACGCAGUGGUGGUGCUUUUGGAGAAGGACUUAAUCGUGGUGGAUCUGACACAGAGCAACUUCCCUGUCUUUGAGAAUCCUUACCCCAUGGACAUCCAUGAGUCUCCAGUUACCUGCACAGCCUAUUUUGCAGACUGUCCACCUGACAUUAUCCCCAUCCUCUACUCUAUAGGAGCUAAACAUAAGAAGACUGGCUACAGUCAAAAGGAGUGGCCAGUCAGUGGAGGAACAUGGACGUUAGGCUCCCACACCUACCCAGAGAUCAUCAUCACAGGACAUGCUGAUGGAUCAAUUAAGUUCUGGGAUGCAUCUGCAAUCACACUACAGAUGUUGUACAAGAUGAAGACCUCUAAAGCGUUUGAGAAGCCAAAGGCAGGUGAGGGCAGGGCAGCCGAGUUGGUGGAGGAAGACCCCUUUGCUAUUCAAAUGGUCAGCUGGUGCCCCCAGAGUCGCAUCUUCUGUGUGGUUGGCAUUUCAGCCCACAUCAUCCUGUAUCGCUUCAGCAAAUAUGACGCCAACACUCAGAUAGUGUCACUAGAGGUGCGCCUACAGUGUGAGACAGAAGAUGUCAUCUCUCCCUCCGAGAAUGAAAACAAUCCUUGCUUCUCAGAGUCUGGCUCCCAUUCACCCCAACCCCACCACCAACACCCAGCAAGCCCCGGCAGUGGGACAUCUGAGGGUAGCAAAGACAGCAGCCCCUGCCUUAAGGUGAAGGACCGGAUGGUUCGGGUCCCUCCUGGCUACCAGGCAGAGCUGGUCAUUCAGCUGCUGUGGGUAGAUGGAGAACCUCCACAACAGAUCACCAGCCUGGACAUUAAUUCUGCCUACGGCCUUUUGGCGUUUGGGAACUGUAAUGGCCUAGCGGUGGUGGACUACUUGCAGAAAACCAUCCUGUUGUGUAUGUCAACACUGGAUCUGUAUGGAGCUGCCGACCCCUACCAGCGCCUUACCCGCUCCCCCCGCAGGAACAGACAGUCCACCUCAGAGUUUUGCAUGCGUGGCCUGUCUAACUUUUAUUCAGAUUCAAAGAAAAGGAUCCGUACAUCCUAUCAGAGCCUUACUGAACUUUCUGACAACCAGCAGACCAUUGACAUGGAGAGAAGCAAGUCGCCCACCUCAGUUCAUUACCCAACCUCCCUUCACAAUGACCCGCGCGUCCUGCCAGAGCCUGUGGCCAGUCUGAGAGCCAGCCACUGCAGUCCAGUCUUUUACUUGCUGGACAAUGUAAAGGGACCCGGCAGAAAGUUAAGUCUGCCAACAGAUCUUAAGACUGAUCUUGAUCAUGUCAAUGGACAUUGCACUAGCCCCACCUCCCAGCCCUGUUCGGCAGGGAAGCCUCGCGUCCCGAUGGGUCCCGAGGGGCCACGGCUUACCCGCAGAGGCCCUGGCCGACCGCCCUUCCGCAAGGCCCAGUCUGCUGCUUGCAUGGAGAUCUCUUUGCCUGUGUCCCACACUGAAGGUUAUGCGUCCAGGAGGGCAAUGCUUCAGCAGUUACAUGGAGUCACUAUGUACUCCCACGACGAGCACCACACCACCGCCCCCUACUGCUGGAGUGAGAGAGAGAGUCGUGAAAACUCCUUCAGCCGUUCACGCAGUUCCAGUGUGUCCAGCAUCGAUCGGGACACCAAGGAAGCUAUCACCACGUUGCAGUUUGGAGAGUCCUACGGGCGCAAGAGUGACGUCCUGCCCACUCCGUGUCUGUGGGUGGGCACCAGCUUAGGUGUGGUUCUGCUCAUCCCAAUGUCCAUUCCCAUCGACCACGAGGAGAGGAUGGAGGAACCUGUGACCAUUGGCCCCAGCGGCACGGUUCUGAUGCUGAAGGGCUCGGUAUUGCGCUUUGGCUUCUUGGACUGUAUGGGAGCACUCAUCCAGAGCCCCUACGAGGUUUGGCGGGACCUCAAUGCCCCUGAGGACCCAGACCGAGUGCGGAAGCGAAAGCUGGUCCACUUUUCACCAUCAUCCUCCCAGGACACCUUGGGAGAGGGGCAUCUGGCUGUGGUGUGCUCCGAGAGGCAGGCCAAAGUAUUCUUGAUGCCCUCGCAGUCUUGCCUCUUUGUCCACAAUAUCACAGAGUCAUCCUUUGUACUGCGAGCCGACGUGGUAUCUGUGUGCAACAGUGUGUGCCUGGCCUGCUUCUGUGCUAACGGACACGUCAUGACACUCAGUCUGCCCAGUCUAAGACCGCUGAUGGAUGUCAAUUACCUGCCUCUGACAGACAUGCGCAUUGCAAGGACCUUUUGCUUUACCAACGGGGGGCAGGCUCUGUAUCUCAGCUCCCCAACAGAGAUCCAGAGAAUUACAUACAGCCAGGAGAUGUGUGACAACCUGCAGGAGAUGCUGGGAGAGCUGUUUACACCAAUAGAAACACCAGAAGCCCAGAACAGAGGCUUCCUAAAGGGCUUCUUUGGAGGAAAUUCUCAUAACUUCGACAGAGAGGAGCUCUUUGGCGAGGCAGCAGCUGGGAAAGCUUCUCGGAGUCUGGCUCAGCACAUCCCUGGGCAGGCGGGGAUGGAGGGCAUGAAGGUGGCAGCUGGUGGAGCUGUGGGUGAGCUGGCACGGGCCCGCAUUGCGCUGGAUGAGAGAGGCCAAAGACUGGGGGAGCUGGAGGAGCGAACCGCCCUAAUGAUGACCAGUGCAGAAACCUUCUCCAAACACGCUCAUGAGCUGAUGCUUAAGUGCAAGGACAAGAAGUGGUACCAGUUCUAAUCGCAGGAAAGAGGGCUGAGGCUGCCCUUGGACUGCUGGGAGCUUUGUGCCGGAACAGGGACUUUCACUCUAUAAAUGAGAGCAAUUAAAAGUGAGACUCAAGAGUGACUUUGUCUUUACGGCUUUUGGACUGGGUACGGCACUGUCACAUUAUUGAAGGACGAGGACGUGUUAGUUCCUUGUCUAGACGUGUAGUGAUGAGGACGGAAGGAGAAUGGUGAAUGGCGGCAUACGAAGGACUGAAGAUGGAACUGGAAAUAUCCGACAAUUCUGUCUGUGUGAGUGUGUGUUUGUGUGUGUGGGUGGGUGUGUGUGUGUGGUUGGGUUUCCUGGACCUCACUGUGUAGAUACUCAAAAGUAAAGAAACCAACAAGAAAUGCAUGAAAUAAAAAUGGAUGACUAUUAAAAAAAAAAUCCAACUGCCAUAUUAAAAAGCAGCAUGCGACUUUAACAGAAGAUACAAAAAUAAAAAAAGUUUUAUUUAAUGAUGUAAGCCAACAACAGAAACUAUGAAAAACUUUAUAUUUUUUGAAAUAUUGACAAAAAUCUAUAUAUAAAAAGGGAAAUGUAUACCUGCAUUGCUAUUAAGCCAAAACUUGUGUUCCUUUCCCUUUUUUUUUUUCUUUUUCCAUUUUUGGUUCAUUUGAAUUUUUUUCUCUCAGUUUCAGCAUAAUAUUAAAUGCCACAAUAUAGAUGCACAUAGUUAGCUUCUUCUACACACACUUAAUAAUAAUGCUGAAACUUUAUUCUUACCAAUUACUCUGGGCUGCACAGUGCACAACACAAAUCAGUAGUAUUACACUUAACCUCUGCACAGUCUAAUCACACUAAUGUCACUUUUCGGCUGCUGCUACUUACAAAAGCAUUAAACGACGAUGAGGAAUAUCUCACUCCCCAACUACAGUUGUAUGAAAACAGAGAACAGAUCGGUGUGAGACAUGCCCAGAGGCUGAAAGGGUUACAAGCGUAUUGUGGACACAGUGUGUUUAUAGCUAUAGUAUGAACCUAUAUACUAUUCACGUGCCAUAAAAAAACAAGAUGAGUGGAUCCACUCACUGUAAACUAACAAAGAGCUAAUAUGUGGUAGUCAUAUGUUUCCUGUUUGAUCAGAACAGACGAGACAAUACUCGGAGUUGGCCAUAGAGGGCAUUUAUCAAAGUCAAAUAAGUCAGUUUUCUUUAUGGAAAAAAAAGAACAAGGGUGUUUAUUUUUAUUUAUAUUAUUAUUACUUUUUGGUUAUCGCUGGUUCACCAUUUCAGUCUUUAGCUGCCUUUGUCAGAUGUACGAGUUUAGUGAGCCAUUAGGGUGUGUAGGUGUGUAAGUGUGUGUGUGUGUGUGUGUGUGUGUGUGUGUGUGUGUGUGUGUGAGAGAGACUGUCUGUGAGAGAGAGAAAGAGAAAGAGUGCCACAAAUGUUAAAACAACUGGACUCUUUCUCUGCCAAAGCAAUCAAACAUGAAUGAUACCCUCCCAUCUCUCUCCAUGACAGUCUGUUAGAAGUUGUGUGUUGUCAGGGUUAAACCUGAGCGGUCCUCUAUUCAUGAUCACAAACAAUACUUUUAAUGAUUGUCAAUGUCCUUGUGACGGGGAGUACCAGAAGGAGUUUUAAUCACAUCUGCUUCAUCACCACCACCAACUCCCUUGUGAGUCAAUCAUCAGUGGAAAAAGGUUCAGGAAAAGUAACAGUAUUUUUUUAGUGAUGUCGAGAUGUGAGUCAGUGCAGAAGCUAUGUACACGUGUAAGAAAUUUGCAAUGAUUUCCACCGAAGGCAAACACGUUAUUUUUUUUUCUUCUGUUAAAUAUUGUUCUUGAUGACUAUGAUAUCCUCUUGUCGCAGUCCUAUAUUUGAUGAUGAUGGCCUCUCAACUGAAGGCUCUUGUGUGUUAAAAACAACAAAAUGUUUCAUGAUACAUGGUUGUGUAUCAUAUUGUGAUUGUGUUGUACAUGUCAAUGGGUAGCCACAUGACGCGCAAACAGCAUUAAGUGAGGAGGAUAUUUUGUACUUGUGUAUUUGUCUGUAUUUUGAAUUGAUCUGAAAACCAAACAGAGGAUUAUUGAUAUCCAUUAACACACAUCAGGCCUUUAUGCACAUACAGAGCGUUGAGCCUUGAUCAUGUCGACGUCACUCCCACAUAAAUAUGCACAGCGAUACAUACUCUCAAAACCUAAAAAAAUAACAGACACAAGUGAACCAAUCUGCAUUGCUAGUCAUGUCUGCCUGCUUCCUGUCAGGCUGCAGAGGCAUUCCUUUGGCGUAAAUGGCCUUCAGGCGCAUUUUCACCAAACCUGAAAUCCUAAAGCAGUUCCACACAGAUUUCAGGCAUUACACAUAAUUUGAUUCAAUGAGGUGUCUUAAACAUGUCAAAAAAAUAAAUUUCUCUCCUAUCUCUGUACCGUCAAUGAGAUUUGUGUUCAGUGCAGUUCUUUCAAUGGCAGAGAAAACACACAAAAAAACAAAAAACAAAACCAAAAGAAAAUUUAAAAAAAAUAAAAAAUCUGACUUCUACGACAGGGUGUUUUGUUAGUAUGUUUUUGGUUAGUAUGUUUUUGGUUUUUAUAUUAACUGUACAGUUCAAUCUUGGGAGAAAGGUGAAACAAAAAAACGACAAAAGAUGAAGACAUUCUUGGGAUAUUUUUCUCUGUAUAUGUUGUACCUGUUACUGCUGGUACUGUAUCUGGUAUUCUGGCUCUGUCUAAAUCACUGGAACUCUGUAGUUCUUCACACUGUAGUAUCCUGAAAAAGCAUUUCUCUUGUUUUCUCAAUGAUGGCAGCAAAGUUUGUCUUAUUUAAAUGGAUUCUACCACUUUCUGUUCUUAUUGAUAUUAUACUAGUGUAAUAGAAAUUACUUGACAAAAAAGAACUGAAAAUAUGUUGAUGCAAAAGCAAAAUGAAAUAAACAUUGA